AUGAAGUCCACUGGGAGCGGGAGACCAGACGGAUUCACCUCAGACCUGGACGACCUGGACAGCGGCAGCGACAGCUCAGGGAAGUCUACCGGAGACUGCAGCCCGCGCGCAGACCCCGGGGAGGGGACGGGGGACGGUGUCAGGGACUGUGCGCCCAGACGGAUACGGAGGAGAAGACGCAGGAGCGGGAGUGGAAGAGGAGAUGGAGACUCGUGUGUCCCUGGUGUCAGCCAGCAGAGGCAGGCGGCCAACGCGAGGGAGAGGGACCGGACUCACAGCGUGAACACGGCCUUCACGGCGCUCCGGACCCUCAUCCCCACAGAGCCCGCGGACAGGAAGCUCUCCAAGAUCGAGACUCUGCGCCUGGCCUCCAGCUACAUCUCCCACCUGGCCAACGUGCUGCUGCUGGGGGAGGACUGCAGGGACGGGCAGCCCUGCAUCCGGUACCAGGGCAUCCUGCACGGCGCGGCCUCCCUGAGACCCAUCUGCACUUUCUGCCUCAGCAACCAGAGGAAACUGGUGAGAGGGCUUUUACACCUGCUGCAGCACGUUACAUGCUCUCCAGAGCUCCUUACCACGCUGCGUAAUGCAGAAACACAGGCUCAGGAAACAUAGACCUGCUCCAAAGUCUGGAGUUUAGACCCAGCUGUGCAGGACGCUUCUUCUUUAAAGUUAAAGAGGAGUUCAGGUGCAGAGUCUGAGAGGUUUGAGGUGAUUUAAAACUGACCAAAGCUGCAGCUGCUGCUCCUGUGAUUGACAACAACACAGGAAAACAAGAGGUGGUGGUUCAAGGUCUAAAAGAAGUCCUCAGACAUGACUCUCAUAAAGUUUAGAUCUGUGCUCGAUGUGUUCAAGAGAAAACAGAUUAACGGUGAGAUUACUGAAGUUAAACGGUGGAUGAAGUUUAGGUGUUCAAAGCAAACAGAAGAUAAAGUGAGAGGAAACACAGAUCUGAAGAAAGGAGGGAGCGCUUUUAAUACUUAAAGACCGUGCAGACAUUUUAAUCCUAAAUACACGUUAAUAAGUGGAUUAGGAGUGUUUACAGUUGUUGAUAGUGUUUGGCCGGACACCUUGGAGAUAAAAAUAGAGACAAGAAACUGGCACAACAUCAGAAAUAUUAUGUCACAACCAUGUCUGACAAGUCAAAGUGUAUUCACAAGUUAAAGGCUGCUGACUGUCUGUGUGUCUGAAUUUAUAACAGAGAAUUAAAGAGUUAGCAGGAUGAGGA